AUGCACCCCUUCGGGCCGCCCGCGCCGCCGCCGCCGCUCGCCCGGGACCUGCUGGAUGCCGCGGGAUGCUCCGCUCCCUUCCCGGCGCCCCGGCCCCCCGCGCAUCCCGCCGCCAGCCCGUCCCUGUGGCCGGGCGGCCCCUGCUCCCCGUGCCCGCCCGCCGGGGCGGUGCUGCCGCCGGGCCCCGCGGGCGCGGGCCGGGGGUGGCCGGUGAUGUCCCCGCUGUCCCCGCUGUCACCGGCCCGCCCGCCCUACUCGUACUCGGCGCUGAUCGCCAUGGCCCUGCACAGCGCGCCCGGCCGGCGCCGCACCCUCAGCCAGAUCUACCAGUUCGUGGCGGAGAACUUCCCCUUCUACCGGCGCGGCAGGGCCGGCUGGCAGAACUCCAUCCGACACAACCUCUCCCUCAACGACUGCUUCAGGAAGGUGCCGCGGGACCAGGACGACCCGGGCAAAGGCAACUACUGGACCCUCGACCCCAACUGCGAGAAGAUGUUCGAUAACGGGAAUUUCAGGAGGAGGAGGAGGCGGCGGGCGGAGGGGACCGGAGCGGCGGAGGCGGCCGGAGGCAGCGGCGGGGGCGCGGGGGUGGCG